GUCCCAAGCACCGAGCGGAGCGCAGCACCCCCGCGCCGGCGGUAUGGCGGUGUCCUGGAGGAGCUGGCUGGCCAACGAAGGGGUUAAACACCUCUGUCUGCUUGUUUGGCUGUCCCUAAAUGUCCUGCUUUUCUGGAAAACCUUCCUGCUGUACAACCAAGGGCCAGAAUACUACUACAUCCACCAGAUGUUGGGCCUAGGAUUGUGUUUAAGCAGAGCUUCUGCAUCUGUCCUGAACCUCAACUGCAGCCUGAUCCUUUUACCCAUGUGCCGCACAGUCCUGGCUUACCUUCGCGGAUCACAGAAGGUCCCUAGCAGGAGAACAAGAAGGUUGUUGGACAAGAGCAAGACUCUACACAUCACCUGUGGCAUAACUAUUUGUAUUUUCUCAGGUGUGCACGUAGCUGCCCACUUGGUGAAUGCCCUGAACUUCUCAGUGAACUACAGUGAAGAUUUCCUUGCACUGAAUGCAGCAAGAUACCAGAAUGAGGAUCCCAGAAAGCUUCUCUUCACAACUGUUCCGGGCCUGACAGGUGUCUGCAUGGUGGUGGUAUUGUUCCUCAUGGUUACAGCUUCUACCUAUGCAAUAAGAGUUUCUAAUUAUGAUAUCUUCUGGUAUACUCACAACCUCUUCUUUGUCUUCUACAUGCUGCUGCUGCUGCAUGUUUCAGGUGGCUUGUUGAAGUAUCAAACCAAUUUAGACACUCACCCUCCUGGCUGUAUCAGUCUUAACCGGACCCCAUCUCAGAAUAUGUCCGUAGCAGACUACGUCUCAGAACAUUUUCAUGGAUCUUUGCCUGGAGGGUUUUCAAAAUUAGAAGAUCAUUACCAGAAAACACUGGUGAAGAUUUGCCUGGAAGAACCCAAGUUCCAAGCUCAUUUCCCACAGACCUGGAUUUGGAUUUCUGGACCUUUAUGCCUAUACUGUGCUGAGAGGCUUUACCGAUGCAUCCGGAGCAACAAACCUGUCACCAUUAUCUCAGUAAUCAAUCAUCCCUCAGAUGUCAUGGAACUCCGUAUGAUCAAAGAAAACUUUAAAGCAAGACCUGGCCAGUAUAUUAUUCUACAUUGUCCCAGUGUAUCAGCAUUAGAAAACCACCCAUUUACUCUCACAAUGUGUCCUACUGAAACCAAAGCAACAUUUGGUGUCCACUUUAAAGUAGUAGGAGACUGGACAGAAAGAUUCCGAGAUUUACUACUGCCUCCAUCAAGCCAAGAUUCUGAGAUUCUGCCCUUCAUUCAAUCUAGAAACUACCCCAAGUUAUACAUUGAUGGCCCAUUUGGAAGUCCAUUUGAGGAGUCACUGAACUAUGAAGUUAGUCUGUGUGUGGCUGGAGGCAUUGGGGUCACUCCGUUUGCAUCGAUACUAAACACUCUACUGGAUGACUGGAAACCAUACAAGCUAAGAAGACUGUAUUUUAUCUGGGUCUGCAGAGACAUCCAAUCAUUCCAGUGGUUUGCAGACUUGCUCUAUGUGCUGCAUAACAAGUUUUGGCAAGAAAACAGACCUGACUUUGUGAACAUCCAGCUGUACCUCAGUCAAACAGAUGGGAUACAGAAGAUAAUUGGAGAAAAAUACCACACAUUGAAUUCUAGACUUUUUAUUGGGCGUCCUCGGUGGAAGCUUUUAUUUGAUGAAAUAGCAAAAUGUAACAGAGGGAAAACAGUUGGAGUUUUCUGCUGUGGACCCAGUUCUAUUUCCAAGACUCUUCAUAAUUUGAGUAACCGGAACAACUCAUAUGGGACAAAAUUUGAAUACAAUAAAGAAUCUUUCAGCUAAAACCUUAGGAGACUACUGGGACUCUAAAGAAGGAACAAGUGCAAUUUCUAAGACUUAGAGACUCGGCUGAAUCAGACAGCUAUGCUAUGCCAAAGAAUAUCAAAGUUUUGCUAUUUAUGAUUAUUUAAAAUGAGAAUUCAAAAAAUGUGGCAAAAUGACAUGGUUAAUCUGCAAGCCAAAGGGGCCCUGAAGAAUAUUUGAUGUGGUGAUUCACAUAUUGAUGGGCAAAUUAAAAGAAUGCUGUUAGAUGCACACUGUUGAUUUUUAUGGGAAAUUCAAGAACUCUUUAAUGAGGAGCUGAACUCACUCACUCUGAAGCUGAUAGCCGCAGCCCACUUUAAAUUGUUUUCAGUCGAACAGGUUCAAAGAUUGAACAAAAUUAAAAAUUCAUUGAAACUCAGACUCCAUUUUCUACCUUGUGAAUAAGUGGAGUGGCUUUAAUUUAGAUGGGCUCCAGGCAAACACUUGGAGGUUGAAACUGUAGCACAAAACUUUCUAUCAAUACGGGUAGAUCAUGUCUGCUGCUUCA